AUGCGUCUCACCUCAAUUCUUCCACUGGCCUUUGGGCUCCCGGCCGCCAUAGCAGGCCCUUGCAAACCCAGUUUUUCUUCUCAAUCCACUGAUGCGCUCGUGGUAACUUCAACUCAGGCGACUGUGCCUGGAGUCACUUCUACAGAGACAGCCAGUACAACUGUACCAGAGACCAUUGAGACUUCUACGACCGAUGUUUCGCUCGCCUUGACAUCAACUGAAUCUGGCACUACGACCCUCACUACAUCACUCGACACGACUGAGACUACAACGAUUGUACCUACAACAACGACCUCGGAAGAACCCGCAGUCACAACUUUCAACAUCAUUGCUGAAGGCGGCCCAGCGGAUGGCAUAGUGAUGGGUCAGAAGGAAAACUAUUUCAAUCUCCAAUUCUCCUCCAACUCAGCCUGGGAACCCGUCGCCCUCAUCCUUGAACAAGGCACAGGCUAUCUCCGCCGCGCCGACCCAUGGAACCCCAAUUUCCCACUCAUCUGCAUUCGCUGGGGUUCAGGUACAGCACCUAACCCAGGCUGGUUCGUCGACUGCUCGGCGUCAGAUACAAACUUCGGCCCGCCUAUCAAAUGCGACCUCAAGUCUGGCGGCGAGCUCUCUUGUUCAAUUUCUGCUGGCCACUGUAGACAUUAUACCAUCCCUCCGAGGGACAAUGAUGCUUGGGAUUGUCAAGCGGAUACUGGUGUUUUCCGGAACUUCUAUACGGAGGAGGAUACGGAUGAUGAUGGUGUCACUUUGUAUCGACCUUGGAUGGGCUUUGAAGGAUAUGAAGGGCAAGGCAAUUAUAACCCCUUGGAACCAGUGACGUUCCGAUGGAGAAGCGCGGAUUAG